GGUUCACCUUGCAUUAUUCUUCUCUAUAUAAAAAAGUAUCCCUUUUCAAGAUUUGAAAGCUGUCGCUCCUUGUCAACUUACCUUAUUUCACUUCCUCCUCACUUGGUUCUGAUCGGGCCACAUAUAGGAAACAUGAAUGUCCUGCGUUUCUUGAGCGGUGUUCUUGGAAAUGCGGCUGGCCUGUUCCUUUUCUUAGCGCCGAUGGUUACGUUCAAGAGGAUCAUAAGCAGCCGGUCAACUGAGCAGUUCUCAGGCGUCCCCUACGUGAUGACCUUUCUUAAUUGCAUCGCCUUCACUUGGUACGGCCUGCCAUUCGUGUCACGAAACAAUCUCCUCCUAUCGACUAUUAACGGCAUCGGAGGUGUGAUUGAAUUCACAUACGUAGUGAUCUUCCUUAUAUAUGCACAGAAGAAGGAGAGGACGAAAGUUAUGGGACUCUUUGCUCUUAUAACGACUCUGUUCUUGGCCAUCGCCUUCGUCUCCCUCCUUGCGUUGCAUGGCAACACCAGGAAAUUCUUCUGCGGCGUCGCCGCAGCCCUUUUCUCUACUAUCAUGUAUGCUUCGCCUCUCUCAGUCAUGAGGCUGGUGAUCAAAACAAAGAGUGUGGAGUUCAUGCCAUUUUUCUUGUCACUGUUUGCAUUCCUGUCUGGUGCCUCGUGGCUCACUUACGGCCUUCUUAGCGGCGACCCGUUCGUCAUCGUGCCUAAUGGAUUGGGAACUGGACUUGGGAUUGCCCAGCUGAUCUUAUAUGCAAUCUACUGCAAGAACAAGAGUCACACCCAAAACAUCAUUAAGGAUGACUUCACCGAGAUGGAUCCUGAAAAGGCUGAUCAAGCGAAGAAGCCAGAUUCGCACCAUCCUUAAUUACGUUCCAGAAAAGAUUAUUCGUUCUCUUGAAUGUGUUAUUAACUUGCUGCAGUUCACUUAGAUCACUGGAAAGAGAUAUAAUAAAGUACCCAUGUAUAAGUGAUGUGACACAAAUUUAAGGUGAUAGCUAGGAUUAUCAUCUAAUUAAUGAAAUUAUGGUUUUUCCUA